AUGAGUCAUUCACAGGAGUCUAUGGAGGUGACCCUGAAAACAGAAGUGGAAUCUGGUGCUAGCGGUUUUAGUGUGACUGGUGGAGGAAAUGAAGGAAUAUUUGUAAAACAGGUGCUCAAGGGAUCCCCUGCUUCGAAAAUAUUCAGUUUGAGAGAAGGUGAUCAGCUAUUAAGUGCCACAAUAUUUUUUGAUAAUAUCAAAUAUGAAGAUGCACUCAAGAUUCUACAAUAUUCUGAGCCAUACAAAGUACAAUUCAGUCUCAAAAGAAAACUUGCUGGGAAAGAAGAGCUAGAAAAAAUACAUUCUACAGCACAACACAAGAAGGAAAAAAUAAGUCAGGAAAAAGAGCUUACUGAAAAAAUUCCUGCAACAUCACUGGAAAUUUCAGAAAAGAUUAUUUCAGAAGAAGACAAGGAAAAGGAAAUUGUAAAACAAAGGGUGGGAAGAACAAAACGACCCAGAAAAGAGAGAUUGUCAUGGCCCAAAUUCCAGUCAAUGAAAAAUAAAAAGAUUUUGGGGCACAGAAGAUCUCAUAGUACAUCAGACGCAUAUGAGCAUGCUAUACAAGAUAUUUCCCCAACAAGCACUGACACUGAGUCACAGUUACAACAAGAAGAAUUCUGUGCUAAAGAGAAAAAAGGAAGCCAAAAGAAACUGAAGUUCCCUAAUAUUGGAUUCAAAAUGCAUAGAACAAAAGCAGAAACAGAAGAGAAGCAGAGAUUAGAAAUAAAAACCUUGACACCAACAAAAAAGGAUAAAAUACAAAAAGAAGAUAUCAGCAUGGAAACUCCAGAAAUACUAACUGUACAAUAUAGCACAUCUGCAUAUGAAACAAAAGCAGGUGACAUACAAGACAAUGUCAAAAAAGACUUAAAAGACAUGGAAAAUGGUUUACCAAUUUAUACAAAGAAGUACCCUGAAGUUGAAAUUAACAUUAAAAAACAAAAAAACCAGUUAGCAAUAUCUAAACCUACUACUACAACAUCACAAAUACCACCAAUAACAACACAAAUAUCAAAACCUACUUCAGAAAUACAAACACCUGGUCCCAAAGACACACAAAGCAAACAAAUACCACAAGCUUUACCAAGGACCAGAAAAAAGAAACAAAAAAGUUCAUCAGAACAAAAACCCACCAAAAUUUCUCUGCAACAUCCUGGAGAAGGGAUAACAAAUAAAGAAAUGACGAAUCACCUAGAACACACUUCGGUUCAAAUAAAGGGUCUAGAAAUAAAAACAACAAAAGAAACUGGAAAAACAAAACAAGAAAAAGAGAUAAAUAAAGAAUAUGAGCAGGAUCAGAUGCAAAUAUCAGAUCUACAAGAAAACUUUGGAAUUUACACCAAUAAGGGAAAGCAGCCAGAAAGUGAAAUCACAUUACACAAAGUGGAAACUGACAUACACAAGAAAACAGUAAAAAUAGAAGGACUUGAAAUUGAUAUGGAGGUCCCAAAAGCACCAGUUCAAAUUGAUCCUGUGACAGAAGACUCAGGCUGGACAAUGCAAAUGCCAUCACUCAAAAUGCCCAAACUGCCUAAAGCAGACAUUCAAGCACCAAAGGUGGACAUCACCCUCCCAUCAGUAGACGUUUCUCUACGGAAGGCCGAGGUGGACAUUAAGGGCCCAGAAGCAACCGCUAAAGUGGUAAAGAUAGAAGGUGAAAUAAAAGCCACAGAUAAAGAUGCCAAAGGAAAAGAAAGUAAGUUCAAAAUGCCAAAAUUCAGUAUGCCUUCAUUUGGCUGGUCCACCUCAAAAGAGACCAGUGGUGGAGUAGCAGAUGUUGAAGCAAGCCUAAAAGAGCCCCAGGUGACAAUGCCGUCAGCUAGGGCAGAAGGAGAGAUAACAGUGUCAGGACCUGCAAUCCAGGCUCCAAGUGUUGAACUGGAAAUCGGGACUUCUGCAGGAAAAGAUGGUGAGAAGGGGAAAAUUAAAAUGCCUGAUGCUAAGCUGCCGAGUGUGAAGCUUCCCAAAGUCAAGGCUCCCCAGGUACAGGUCAGUCUGCCAAAGGUGGAGGCAGAUAUUUCCCUUCCCAAAUCACAAGCCGGAAUUAAAGAGGGGGGAUUUGAAGUGAAAGUUCCUGACAUGGAAAGCAGUAUUGAAGUUGAGACAGGGAAAGCAGAGGCAACAGGGAUGAAAAUACACAUGCCAAAAGUCCAGAUGCCUUCUAUGGGAUUUUCUAAACCAGAAAUCAAAGCUCCCAAAGUAGACGUGGAUGUUACUUUACCCAAAGUCGAUGUCACACUUCCCACGUGUGAUGUCAGUCUUCAGGAAGCUGACCUCAAGGCAGCCUCUGUUCCCGGAGAUGUCAAAAUCUCAGCCCCUGGAGUCAAGAUUCCCAAAAUAGAAGGUUCCAUUCAAUUGAAGGGUCCAGGGAUUGAAGCGAAAGAGCCAUCAGCUGAACUUGCGGUGGAGGGAACAGAGGGGAAAGCUGCCGGUUUGGAAGGGAAAAUUCAAAUGCCUAAAUUUGAAAAGCCAAAGUUUGGAGUUUCACUUCCAAAAGGCAAAGUGCCAGAAGGCGAGAUCAGCUCACCCAAAAUGGAAGUUGACAUUCCCAAGCCAAAAGUCAAAGGCCAAGUGGGUGCAAUCGGCGUGGAAACCCCGACGCUAGCAGUGGAAGCUGAUGUUCCCAACGUAGAGACUGAAGCUUCCGGCUGGAAAAUACAAAUGCCAUCACUCAAAAUGCCCAAAAUGCCUAAAGCAGACAUUCAAGCACCAAAGGUGGACAUCACCCUCCCAUCAGUAGACGUUUCUCUACCAAAGGCCGAGAUGGACAUUAAGGGCCCAGAAGCAACAGCUAAAGCGGUAAAGAUAGAAGGUGAAAUAAAAGCCACAGAUAAAGAUGCCAAAGGAAAAGAAAGUAAGUUCAAAAUGCCAAAAUUCAGUAUGCCUUCAUUUGGCUGGUCCACCACAAAAGAGACCAGUGGUGGAGUAGCAGAUGUUGAAGUAAGCCUCAAAGAGCCCCAGGUGACAAUGCCAUCAGCUAGGGCAGAAGGAGAGAUAACAGUGUCAGGACCUGCAAUCCAGGCUCCAAGUGUUGAACUGGAAAUCGGGACUUCUGCAGGAAAAGAUGGUGAGAAGGGGAAAAUUAAAAUGCCUGAUGUUAAGCUGCCGAGUGUGAAGCUUCCCAAAGUCAAGGGUCCCCAGGUACAGGUCAGUUUGCCAAAGGUGGAGGCAGAUAUUUCCCUUCCCAAAUCACAAGCCGAAAUUAAAGAGGGGGGAUUUGAAGUGAAAGUUCCCGACAUGGAAAGCAGUAUUGAAGUUGAGACAGAGAAAGCAGAGGCAACAGGGAUGAAAAUACACAUGCCAAAAGUCAAGAUGCCUUCUAUGGGAUUUUCUAAACCAGAAUUCAAAGCUCCCAAAGUAGACGUGGAUGUUACUUUACCCAAAGUCGAUGUCACACUUCCCACGUGUGAUGUCAGUCUUCAGGAAGCUGACCUGAAAGCAGACUCUGUUCCCGGAGAUGUCAAAAUCUCAGCCCCUGGAGUAAAAAUUCCUAAAAUAGAAGGUUCCAUUCAGUUGAAGGGUCCAGGGAUUGAAGCGAAAGAGCCGUCAGCUGAACUUGCAGUGGAGGGUCCAGAGGGGAAAGCUGCUGGCUUGGAAGGGAAAAUUCAAAUGCCUAAAUUUGAAAAGCCAAAGUUUGGAGUUUCACUUCCAAAAGGCAAAGUGCCACAAGGCGAGAUCAGCUUACCCAAAAUGGAAGUUGACAUUCCCAAGCCAAAAGUCAAAGGCCAAGUGGGUGCAAUCGGCGUGGAAACCCCGACGCUAGCAGUGGAAGCUGAUGUUCCCGACGUAGAGACUGAAGCUUCCGGCUGGAAAAUACAAAUGCCAUCACUCAAAAUGCCCAAAAUGCCUAAAGCAGACAUUCAAGCACCAAAGGUGGACAUCACGCUUCCAUCAGUAGACGUUUCUCUACCAAAGGCCGAGGUGGACAUUAAGGGCCCAGAAGCAACAGCUAAAGCGGUAAAGAUAGAAGGUGAAAUAAAAGCCACAGAUAAAGAUGCUAAAGGAAAAGAAAGUAAAUUCAAAAUGCCAACAUUUGGCAUGCCUUCAUUUGGCUGGUCCACCUCAAAAGAGACCAGUGGUGGAGUAGCAGAUGUUGAAGCAAGCCUCAAAGAGCCCCGGGUGACAAUACCGUCAGCUAGGGCCGAAGGAGAGAUAACAGUGUCAGGACCUGUAAUCCAGGCUCCAAGUGUUGAACUGGAAAUCGGGACUUCUGCAGGAAAAGAUGGUGAGAAGGGGAAAAUUAAAAUGCCUGAUGCUAAGCUGCCGAGUGUGAAGCUUCCCAAAGUCAAGGCUCCCCAGGUACAGGUCAGUCUGCCAAAGGUGGACGCAGAUAUUUCCCUUCCCAAAUCACAAGCUGAAAUUAAAGAGGGGGGAUUUGAAGUGAAAGUUCCCGACAUGGAAAGCAGUAUUGAAGUUGAGACAGGGAAAGCAGAGGCAACAGGGAUGAAAAUACACAUGCCAAAAGUCCAGAUGCCUUCUAUAGGAUUUUCUAAACCAAAAACUAAAGCUCCCAAAGUAGAUGUGGAUGUUACUUUACCCAAAGUUGAUGUCACACUUCCCAGGUGUGAUGUCAGUCUUCAAGAAGCUGACCUGAAAGCAGCCUCUGUUCCCGGAGAUGUCAAAAUCUCAGCCCCUGGAGUCAAGAUUCCCAAAAUAGAAGGUUCCAUUCAGUUGAAGGGUCCAGGGAUUGAAGCGAAAGAGCCGUCAGCUGAACUUGCAGUGGAGGGUCCAGAGGGGAAAGCUGCUGGCUUGGAAGGGAAAAUUCAAAUGCCUAAAUUUGAAAAGCCAAAGUUUGGAGUUUCACUUCCAAAAGGCAAAGUGCCAGAAGGCGAGAUCAGCUUACCCAAAAUGGAAGUUGACAUUCCCAAGCCAAAAGUCAAAGGCCAAGUGGGUGCAAUCGGCGUGGAAACCCCGACGCUAGCAGUGGAAGCUGAUGUUCCCGACGUAGAAACUGAAGCUUCCGGCUGGAAAAUACAAAUGCCAUCACUCAAAAUGCCCAAAAUGCCUAAAGCAGACAUUCAAGCACCAAAGGUGGACAUCACGCUUCCAUCAGUAGACGUUUCUCUACCAAAGGCCGAGGUGGACAUUAAGGGCCCAGAAGCAACAGCUAAAGCGGUAAAGAUAGAAGGUGAAAUAAAAGCCACAGAUAAAGAUGCUAAAGGAAAAGAAAGUAAAUUCAAAAUGCCAACAUUUGGCAUGCCUUCAUUUGGCUGGUCCACCUCAAAAGAGACCAGUGGUGGAGUAGCAGAUGUUGAAGCAAGCCUCAAAGAGCCCCGGGUGACAAUACCGUCAGCUAGGGCCGAAGGAGAGAUAACAGUGUCAGGACCUGUAAUCCAGGCUCCAAAUGUUGAACUGGAAAUCGGGACUUCUGCAGGAAAAGAUGGUGAGAAGGGGAAAAUUAAAAUGCCUGAUGCUAAGCUGCCGAGUGAGAAGCUUCCCAAAGUCAAGGCUCCCCAGGUACAGGUCAGUCUGCCAAAGGUGGACGCAGAUAUUUCCCUUCCCAAAUCACAAGCUGAAAUUAAAGAGGGGGGAUUUGAAGUGAAAGUUCCCGACAUGGAAAGCAGUAUUGAAGUUGAGACAGGGAAAGCAGAGGCAACAGGGAUGAAAAUACACAUGCCAAAAGUCCAGAUGCCUUCUAUAGGAUUUUCUAAACCAAAAACUAAAGCUCCCAAAGUAGAUGUGGAUGUUACUUUACCCAAAGUCGAUGUCACACUUCCCAGGUGUGAUGUCAGUCUUCAAGAAGCUGACCUGAAAGCAGCCUCUGUUCCCGGAGAUGUCAAAAUCUCAGCCCCUGGAGUCAAGAUUCCCAAAAUAGAAGGUUCCAUUCAAUUGAAGGGUCCAGGGAUUGAAGCGAAAGAGCCAUCAGCUGAACUUGCGGUGGAGGGACCAGAGGGGAAAGCUGCCGGUUUGGAAGGGAAAAUUCAAAUGCCUAAAUUUGAAAAGCCAAAGUUUGGAGUUUCACUUCCAAAAGGCAAAGUGCCAGAAGGCGAGAUCAGCUUACCCAAAAUGGAAGUUGACAUUCCCAAGCCAAAAGUCAAAGGCCAAGUGGGUGCAAUCGGCGUGGAAACCCCGACGCUAGCAGUGGAAGCUGAUGUUCCCGACGUAGAGACUGAAGCUUCCGGCUGGAAAAUACAAAUGCCAUCACUCAAAAUGCCUAAAGCAGACAUUCAAGCACCAAAGGUGGACAUCACCCUUCCAUCAGUAGACGUUUCUCUACCAAAGGCCGAGGUGGACAUUAAGGGCCCAGAAGCAACAGCUAAAGCGGUAAAGAUAGAAGGUGAAAUAAAAGCCACAGAUAAAGAUGCUAAAGGAAAAGAAAGUAAAUUCAAAAUGCCAACAUUUGGCAUGCCUUCAUUUGGCUGGUCCACCUCAAAAGAGACCAAUGGUGGAGUAGCAGAUGUUGAAGCAAGCCUCAAAGAGCCCCGGGUGUCAAUACCGUCAGCUAGGGCCGAAGGAGAGAUAACAGUGUCAGGACCUGUAAUCCAGGCUCCAAGUGUUGAACUGGAAAUCGGGACUUCUGCAGGAAAAGAUGGUGAGAAGGGGAAAAUUAAAAUGCCUGAUGCUAAGCUGCCGAGUGUGAAGCUUCCCAAAGUCAAGGCUCCCCAGGUACAGGUCAGUCUGCCAAAGGUGGAGGCAGAUAUUUCCCUUCCCAAAUCACAAGCUGAAAUUAAAGAGGGGGGAUUUGAAGUGAAAGUUCCCGACAUGGAAAGCAGUAUUGAAGUUGAGACAGGGAAAGCAGAGGCAACAGGGAUGAAAAUACACAUGCCAAAAGUCCAGAUGCCUUCUAUAGGAUUUUCUAAACCAAAAACUAAAGCUCCCAAAGUAGAUGUGGAUGUUACUUUACCCAAAGUUGAUGUCACACUUCCCAGUUGUGAUGUCAGUCUUCAAGAAGCUGACCUGAAAGCAGCCUCUGUUCCCGGAGAUGUCAAAAUCUCAGCCCCUGGAGUCAAGAUUCCCAAAAUAGAAGGUUCCAUUCAAUUGAAGGGUCCAGGGAUUGAAGCGAAAGAGCCGUCAGCUGAACUUGCGGUGGAGGGACCAGAGGGGAAAGCUGCCGGUUUGGAAGGGAAAAUUCAAAUGCCUAAAUUUGAAAAGCCAAAGUUUGGAGUUUCACUUCCAAAAGGCAAAGUGCCAGAAGGCGAGAGCAGCUUACCCAAAAUGGAAGCUGACAUUCCCAAGCCAAAAGUCAAAGGCCAAGUGGGUGCAAUCGGCGUGGAAACCCCGACGCUAGCAGUGGAAUCUGAUGUUCCCGACGUAGAGACUGAAGCUUCCGGCUGGAAAAUACAAAUGCCAUCACUCAAAAUGCCCAAAAUGCCUAAAGCAGACAUUCAAGCACCAAAGGUGGACAUCACCCUCCCAUCAGUAGACGUUUCUCUACCAAAGGCCGAGAUGGACAUUAAGGGCCCAGAAGCAACAGCUAAAGCGGUAAAGAUAGAAGGUGAAAUAAAAGCCACAGAUAAAGAUGCUAAAGGAAAAGAAAGUAAAUUCAAAAUGCCAACAUUUGGCAUGCCUUCAUUUGGCUGGUCCACCUCAAAAGAGACCAGUGGUGGAGUAGCAGAUGUUGAAGCAAGCCUCAAAGAGCCCCGGGUGACAAUGCCGUCAGCUAGGGCCGAAGGAGAGAUAACAGUGUCAGGACCUGUAAUCCAGGCUCCAAGUGUUGAACUGGAAAUCGGGACUUCUGCAGGAAAAGAUGGUGAGAAGGGGAAAAUUAAAAUGCCUGAUGCUAAGCUGCCGAGUGUGAAGCUUUCCAAAGUCAAGGCUCCCCAGGUACAGGUCAGUCUGCCAAAGGUGGAGGCAGAUAUUUCCCUUCCCAAAUCACAAGCUGGAAUUAAAGAGGGGGGAUUUGAAGUGAAAGUUCCUGACAUGGAAAGCAGUAUUGAAGUUGAGACAGGAAAAGCAGAGGCAACAGGGAUGAAAAUACACAUGCCAAAAGUCCAGAUGCCUUCUAUGGGAUUUUCUAAACCAGAAAUCAAAGCUCCCAAAGUAGACGUGGAUGUUACUUUACCCAAAGUCGAUGUCACACUUCCCACGUGUGAUGUCAGUCUUCAGGAAGCUGACCUCAAGGCAGCCUCUGUUCCCGGAGAUGUCAAAAUCUCAGCCCCUGGAGUCAAGAUUCCCAAAAUAGAAGGUUCCAUUCAAUUGAAGGGUCCAGGGAUUGAAGCGAAAGAGCCAUCAGCUGAACUUGCGGUGGAGGGACCAGAGGGGAAAGCUGCCGGUUUGGAAGGGAAAAUUCAAAUGCCUAAAUUUGAAAAGCCAAAGUUUGGAGUUUCACUUCCAAAAGGCAAAGUGCCACAAGGCGAGAUCAGCUUACCCAAAAUGGAAGUUGACAUUCCCAAGCCAAAAGUCAAAGGCCAAGUGGGUGCAAUCGGCGUGGAAACCCCGACGCUAGCAGUGGAAGCUGAUGUUCCCGACGUAGAGACUGAAGCUUCCGGCUGGAAAAUACAAAUGCCAUCACUCAAAAUGCCCAAAAUGCCUAAAGCAGACAUUCAAGCACCAAAGGUGGACAUCACGCUUCCAUCAGUAGACGUUUCUCUACCAAAGGCCGAGGUGGACAUUAAGGGCCCAGAAGCAACAGCUAAAGCGGUAAAGAUAGAAGGUGAAAUAAAAGCCACAGAUAAAGAUGCUAGAGGAAAAGAAAGUAAAUUCAAAAUGCCAACAUUUGGCAUGCCUUCAUUUGGCUGGUCCACCUCAAAAGAGACCAGUGGUGGAGUAGCAGAUGUUGAAGCAAGCCUCAAAGAGCCCCGGGUGACAAUACCGUCAGCUAGGGCCGAAGGAGAGAUAACAGUGUCAGGACCUGUAAUCCAGGCUCCAAGUGUUGAACUGGAAAUCGGGACUUCUGCAGGAAAAGAUGGUGAGAAGGGGAAAAUUAAAAUGCCUGAUGCUAAGCUGCCGAGUGAGAAGCUUCCCAAAGUCAAGGCUCCCCAGGUACAGGUCAGUCUGCCAAAGGUGGACGCAGAUAUUUCCCUUCCCAAAUCACAAGCUGAAAUUAAAGAGGGGGGAUUUGAAGUGAAAGUUCCCGACAUGGAAAGCAGUAUUGAAGUUGAGACAGGGAAAGCAGAGGCAACAGGGAUGAAAAUACACAUGCCAAAAGUCCAGAUGCCUUCUAUGGGAUUUUCUAAACCAGAAAUCAAAGCUCCCAAAGUAGACGUGGAUGUUACUUUACCCAAAGUCGAUGUCACACUUCCCACGUGUGAUGUCAGUCUUCAAGAAGCUGACCUGAAAGCAGCCUCUGUUCCCGGAGAUGUCAAAAUCUCAGCCCCUGGAGUCAAGAUUCCCAAAAUAGAAGGUUCCAUUCAAUUGAAGGGUCCAGGGAUUGAAGCGAAAGAGCCAUCAGCUGAACUUGCGGUGGAGGGACCAGAGGGGAAAGCUGCCGGUUUGGAAGGGAAAAUUCAAAUGCCUAAAUUUGAAAAGCCAAAGUUUGGAGUUUCACUUCCAAAAGGCAAAGUGCCAGAAGGCGAGAUCAGCUUACCCAAAAUGGAAGUUGACAUUCCCAAGACAAAAGUCAAAGGCCAAGUGGGUGCAAUCGGCGUGGAAACCCCGACGCUAGCAGUGGAAGCUGAUGUUCCCAAAGUAGAGACUGAAGCUUCCGGCUGGAAAAUACAAAUGCCAUCACUCAAAAUGCCCAAAAUGCCUAAAGCAGACAUUCAAGCACCAAAGGUGGACAUCACCCUUCCAUCAGUAGACGUUUCUCUACCAAAGGCCGAGGUGGACAUUAAGGGCCCAGAAGCAACAGCUAAAGCGGUAAAGAUAGAAGGUGAAAUAAAAGCCACAGAUAAAGAUGCUAAAGGAAAAGAAAGUAAAUUCAAAAUGCCAACAUUUGGCAUGCCUUCAUUUGGCUGGUCCACCUCAAAAGAGACCAAUGGUGGAGUAGCAGAUGUUGAAGCAAGCCUCAAAGAGCCCCGGGUGACAAUACCGUCAGCUAGGGCCGAAGGAGAGAUAACAGUGUCAGGACCUGUAAUCCAGGCUCCAAGUGUUGAACUGGAAAUCGGGACUUCUGCAGGAAAAGAUGGUGAGAAGGGGAAAAUUAAAAUGCCUGAUGCUAAGCUGCCGAGUGUGAAGCUUCCCAAAGUCAAGGCUCCCCAGGUACAGGUCAGUCUGCCAAAGGUGGACGCAGAUAUUUCCCUUCCCAAAUCACAAGCUGAAAUUAAAGAGGGGGGAUUUGAAGUGAAAGUUCCCGACAUGGAAAGCAGUAUUGAAGUUGAGACAGGGAAAGCAGAGGCAACAGGGAUGAAAAUACACAUGCCAAAAGUCCAGAUGCCUUCUAUAGGAUUUUCUAAACCAAAAACUAAAGCUCCCAAAGUAGAUGUGGAUGUUACUUUACCCAAAGUUGAUGUCACACUUCCCAGGUGUGAUGUCAGUCUUCAAGAAGCUGACCUGAAAGCAGCCUCUGUUCCCGGAGAUGUCAAAAUCUCAGCCCCUGGAGUCAAGAUUCCCAAAAUAGAAGGUUCCAUUCAAUUGAAGGGUCCAGGGAUUGAAGCGAAAGAGCCGUCAGCUGAACUUGCGGUGGAGGGACCAGAGGGGAAAGCUGCCGGUUUGGAAGGGAAAAUUCAAAUGCCUAAAUUUGAAAAGCCAAAGUUUGGAGUUUCACUUCCAAAAGGCAAAGUGCCAGAAGGCGAGAGCAGCUUACCCAAAAUGGAAGCUGACAUUCCCAAGCCAAAAGUCAAAGGCCAAGUGGGUGCAAUCGGCGUGGAAACCCCGACGCUAGCAGUGGAAUCUGAUGUUCCCGACGUAGAGACUGAAGCUUCCGGCUGGAAAAUACAAAUGCCAUCACUCAAAAUGCCCAAAAUGCCUAAAGCAGACAUUCAAGCACCAAAGGUGGACAUCACCCUCCCAUCAGUAGACGUUUCUCUACCAAAGGCCGAGAUGGACAUUAAGGGCCCAGAAGCAACAGCUAAAGCGGUAAAGAUAGAAGGUGAAAUAAAAGCCACAGAUAAAGAUGCUAAAGGAAAAGAAAGUAAAUUCAAAAUGCCAACAUUUGGCAUGCCUUCAUUUGGCUGGUCCACCUCAAAAGAGACCAGUGGUGGAGUAGCAGAUGUUGAAGCAAGCCUCAAAGAGCCCCGGGUGACAAUGCCGUCAGCUAGGGCCGAAGGAGAGAUAACAGUGUCAGGACCUGUAAUCCAGGCUCCAAGUGUUGAACUGGAAAUCGGGACUUCUGCAGGAAAAGAUGGUGAGAAGGGGAAAAUUAAAAUGCCUGAUGCUAAGCUGCCGAGUGUGAAGCUUUCCAAAGUCAAGGCUCCCCAGGUACAGGUCAGUCUGCCAAAGGUGGAGGCAGAUAUUUCCCUUCCCAAAUCACAAGCUGGAAUUAAAGAGGGGGGAUUUGAAGUGAAAGUUCCUGACAUGGAAAGCAGUAUUGAAGUUGAGACAGGGAAAGCAGAGGCAACAGGGAUGAAAAUACACAUGCCGAAAGUCCAGAUGCCUUCUAUGGGAUUUUCUAAACCAGAAAUCAAAGCUCCCAAAGUAGACGUGGAUGUUACUUUACCCAAAGUCGAUGUCACACUUCCCACGUGUGAUGUCAGUCUUCAGGAAGCUGAUCUCAAGGCAGCCUCUCUUCCCGGAGAUGUCAAAAUCUCAGCCCCUGGAGUCAAGAUUCCCAAAAUAGAAGGUUCCAUUCAAUUGAAGGGUCCAGGGAUUGAAGCGAAAGAGCCGUCAGCUGAACUUGCGGUGGAGGGACCAGAGGGGAAAGCUGCCGGUUUGGAAGGGAAAAUUCAAAUGCCUAAAUUUGAAAAGCCAAAGUUUGGAGUUUCACUUCCAAAAGGCAAAGUGCCAGAAGGCGAGAUCAGCUUACCCAAAAUGGAAGCUGACAUUCCCAAGACAAAAGUCAAAGGCCAAGUGGGUGCAAUCAGCGUGGAAACCCCGACGCUAGCAGUGGAAGCUGAUGUUCCCGACGUAGAGACUGAAGCUUCCGGCUGGAAAAUACAAAUGCCAUCACUCAAAAUGCCCAAAAUGCCUAAAGCAGACAUUCAAGCACCAAAGGUGGACAUCACCCUCCCAUCAGUAGACAUUUCUCUACCAAAGGCCGAGAUGGACAUUAAGGGCCCAGAAGCAACAGCUAAAGCGGUAAAGAUAGAAGGUGAAAUAAAAGCCACAGAUAAAGAUGCUAAAGGAAAAGAAAGUAAAUUCAAAAUACCAACAUUUGGCAUGCCUUCAUUUGGCUGGUCCACCUCAAAAGAGACCAGUGGUGGAGUAGCAGAUGUUGAAGCAAGCCUCAAAGAGCCCCGGGUGACAAUGCCGUCAGCUAGGGCCGAAGGAGAGAUAACAGUGUCAGGACCUGUAAUCCAGGCUCCAAGUGUUGAACUGGAAAUCGGGACUUCUGCAGGAAAAGAUGGUGAGAAGGGGAAAAUUAAAAUGCCUGAUGCUAAGCUGCCGAGUGUGAAGCUUCCCAAAGUCAAGGCUCCCCAGGUACAGGUCAGUCUGCCAAAGGUGGAGGCAGAUAUUUCCCUUCCCAAAUCACAAGCCGGAAUUAAAGAGGGGGGAUUUGAAGUGAAAGUUCCUGACAUGGAAAGCAGUAUUGAAGUUGAGACAGGGAAAGCAGGGGCAACAGGGAUGAAAAUACACAUGCCAAAAGUCCAGAUGCCUUCUAUGGGAUUUUCUAAACCAGAAAUCAAAGCUCCCAAAGUAGACGUGGAUGUUACUUUACCCAAAGUCGAUGUCACACUUCCGACGUGUGAUGUCAGUCUUCAGGAAGCUGACCUCAAGGCAGCCUCUCUUCCCGGAGGUGUCAAAAUCUCAGCCCCUGGAGUCAAGAUUCCCAAAAUAGAAGGUUCCAUUCAAUUGAAAGGUCCAGGGAUUGAAGCGAAAGAGCCAUCAGCUGAACUUGCGGUGGAGGGACCAGAGGGGAAAGCUGCCGGUUUGGAAGGGAAAAUUCAAAUGCCUAAAUUUGAAAAGCCAAAGUUUGGAGUUUCACUUCCAAAAGGCAAAGUGCCAGAAGGCGAGAUCAGCUUACUCAAAAUGGAAGCUGACAUUCCCAAGCCAAAAGUCAAAGGCCAAGUGGGUGCAAUCGGCGUGGAAACCCCGACGCUAGCAGUGGAAGCUGAUGUUCCCGACGUAGAGACUGAAGCUUCCGGCUGGAAAAUACAAAUGCCAUCACUCAAAAUGCCCAAAAUGCCUAAAGCAGACAUUCAAGCACCAAAGGUGGACAUCACCCUCCCAUCAGUAGACGUUUCUCUACCAAAGGCCGAGAUGGACAUUAAGGGCCCAGAAGCAACAGCUAAAGCGGUAAAGAUAGAAGGUGAAAUAAAAGCCACAGAUAAAGAUGCUAAAGGAAAAGAAAGUAAAUUCAAAAUGCCAACAUUUGGCAUGCCUUCAUUUGGCUGGUCCACCUCAAAAGAGACCAGUGGUGGAGUAGCAGAUGUUGAAGCAAGCCUCAAAGAGCCCCGGGUGACAAUGCCGUCAGCUAGGGCCGAAGGAGAGAUAACAGUGUCAGGACCUGCAAUCCAGGCUCCAAGUGUUGAACUGGAAAUCGGGACUUCUGCAGGAAAAGAUGGUGAGAAGGGGAAAAUUAAAAUGCCUGAUGCUAAGCUGCCGAGUGUGAAGCUUCCCAAAGUCAAGGCUCCCCAGGUACAGGUCAGUCUGCCAAAGGUGGACGCAGAUAUUUCCCUUCCCAAAUCACAAGCCGGAAUUAAAGAGGGGGGAUUUGAAGUGAAAGUUCCUGACAUGGAAAGCAGUAUUGAAGUUGAGACAGGAAAAGCAGAGGCAACAGGGAUGAAAAUACACAUGCCAAAAGUCCAGAUGCCUUCUAUGGGAUUUUCUAAACCAGAAAUCAAAGCUCCCAAAGUAGACGUGGAUGUUACUUUACCCAAAGUCGAUGUCACACUUCCCACGUGUGAUGUCAGUCUUCAGGAAGCUGACCUCAAGGCAGCCUCUGUUCCCGGAGAUGUCAAAAUCUCAGCCCCUGGAGUCAAGAUUCCCAAAAUAGAAGGUUCCAUUCAAUUGAAGGGUCCAGGGAUUGAAGCGAAAGAGCCAUCAGCUGAACUUGCGGUGGAGGGACCAGAGGGGAAAGCUGCCGGUUUGGAAGGGAAAAUUCAAAUGCCUAAAUUUGAAAAGCCAAAGUUUGGAGUUUCACUUCCAAAAGGCAAAGUGCCAGAAGGCAAGAUCAGCUCACCCAAAAUGGAAGCUGACAUUCCCAAGCCAAAAGUCAAAGGCCAAGUGGGUGCAAUCGGCGUGGAAACCCCGACGCUAGCAGUGGAAGCUGAUGUUCCCGACGUAGAGACUGAAGCUUCCGGCUGGAAAAUACAAAUGCCAUCACUCAAAAUGCCCAAAAUGCCUAAAGCAGACAUUCAAGCACCAAAGGUGGACAUCACCCUCCCAUCAGUAGACGUUUCUCUACCAAAGGCCGAGGUGGACAUUAAGGGCCCAGAAGCAACAGCUAAAGCGGUAAAGAUAGAAGGUGAAAUAAAAGCCACAGAUAAAGAUGGUAAAGGAAAAGAAAGUAAAUUCAAAAUGCCAACAUUUGGCAUGCCUUCAUUUGGCUGGUCCACCUCAAAAGAGACCAGUGGUGGAGUAGCAGAUGUUGAAGCAAGCCUCAAAGAGCCCCAGGUGACUAUUCCGCCACCUAGGGCUGAAGGAGAGAUAACAGUGUCAGGACCUGUAAUCCAGGCUCCAAGUGUUGAACUGGAAAUCGGGACUUCUGCAGGAAAAGAUGGUGAGAAGGGGAAAAUUAAAAUGCCUGAUGCUAAGCUGCCGAGUGUGAAGCUUCCCAAAGUCAAGGCUCCCCAGGUACAGGUCAGUCUGCCAAAGGUGGAGGCAGAUAUUUCCCUUCCCAAAUCACAAGCCGGAAUUAAAGAGGGGGGAUUUGAAGUGAAAGUUCCCGACAUGGAAAGCAGUAUUGAAGUUGAGACAGGGAAAGCAGAGGCAACAGGGAUGAAAAUACACAUGCCAAAAGUCCAGAUGCCUUCUAUGGGAUUUUCUAAACCAGAAAUCAAAGCUCCCAAAGUAGACGUGGAUGUUACUUUACCCAAAGUCGAUGUCACACUUCCCACGUGUGAUGUCAGUCUUCAGGAAGCUGACCUCAAGGCAGCCUCUCUUCCCGGAGAUGUCAAAAUCUCAGCCCCUGGAGUCAAGAUUCCCAAAAUAGAAGGUUCCAUUCAAUUGAAGGGUCCAGGGAUUGAAGCGAAAGAGCCAUCAGCUGAACUUGCGGUGGAGGGACCAGAGGGGAAAGCUGCCGGUUUGGAAGGGAAAAUUCAAAUGCCUAAAUUUGAAAAGCCAAAGUUUGGAGUUUCACUUCCAAAAGGCAAAGUGCCAGAAGGCGAGAUCAGCUUACCCAAAAUGGAAGCUGACAUUUCCAAGCCAAAAGUCAAAGGCCAAGUGGGUACAAUCGGCGUGGAAACCCCGACGCUAGCAGUGGAAGCUGAUGUUCCCAACGUAGAGACUGAAGCUUCCGGCUGGAAAAUACAAAUGCCAUCACUCAAAAUGCCCAAAAUGCCUAAAGCAGACAUUCAAGCACCAAAGGUGGACAUCACCCUUCCAUCAGUAGACGUUUCUCUACCAAAGGCCGAGGUGGACAUUAAGGGCCCAGAAGCAACAGCUAAAGCAGUAAAGAUAGAAGGUGAAAUAAAAGCCACAGAUAAAGAUGCUAAAGGAAAAGAAAGUAAAUUCAAAAUGCCAACAUUUGGCAUGCCUUCAUUUGGCUGGUCCACCUCAAAAAGAACCAGUUAUGGAGUAGCAGAUGUUGAAACAAGCCUGAAAGAGCCCCAGGUGACUAUUCCGCCAGCUAGGGCUGAAGGAGAGAUAACAGUGUCAGGACCUGCAAUCCAGGCUCCAAGUGUUGGACUUGAAAUCCCAAGUAGUUCUGGAAAAGAUAGCAUUAAGGGGAUAUCUAAAAUGCCUCAUUUUAAAAUUCCAAAGGUGUCAAUUUCUAAGAUUCCUAAAUCUGAAAUUAGUGAUCCCAACUUGCAGGCUGAUGUUUUGCACCCUAUAACUGAAUCUAAUGUAAUAGCUGAAGGAAUACCAUUGAGGUUUUCAGGCCCUGAGAGCAGCGUGGACCUUCCUGAGUGUGGAGGAGUUUCAAGGGCCAAAAGUGUUAAUUUACCAAAAUUUUGGAUUCCUGAUUUGGGUUUUUCCAAAGUUGAUAUCAGUACCCCUAAAGUUUACCAGGAUGCAAACUUACUGAAAGAUGACGUCACUCUUACUAAGUAUCACAUGAGUAUUCAAGAACCCAAAGUGAUAUCUGGGUCUGCUGUUAGUGAUGUAAGCAUUCCAGAUACAGAUAUUAAAGUUGCAAUGACAGAAAGUUCCACUGAGCUGAAGAGUCCAGAAAUAGUUGCUAAAAUACCAUCAGCUGACAUUGCUAUAGAUAGAGGAGAAAUGAAGCUUGAAGGUUUCGAAGGGAAGACUAAAAUGCCUAAAUUCCAAAAAAUGAAGUUUGGAAUUUCACUGCCUAAGGGAGAAAUUCCAGAGAGUGAGAUCAGCUUACCCCAAAUGGAAGCUGACAUUCCCAAGCCAAAAGCGAUAGCUGAAGUUACUGAGAUUGCUUUUGAAACUUCAUCUUUAUAUAUUAAAUCUGAAGAUUCUGAUGCAGGAACAGACGUGUCAGGCUUAAAAAUGCAACUGCCAUCACUCAAAAUGCCUCAAAUACCUAAAGCUGACGGAGCACCAAAGGUGGACAUCAGCCUCCCAUCAGUUGAUGUUACCAUGCCAACAACAAAGGUAGACAUUCGAGGCCCAGAUUUAGAAAGUAAAGUGGUAAAGACUGAGAGUGAAAUAAAAUCUGGAGAAAAAGACAUUGAAGGGAAAGAAAGCAAGUUCAAAAUGCCAAAAUUCAAACUGCCAUCAUUUAGUUGGUCACCAAAGAAAGAAGCAGUUGUUACAUGUGAUACUGAAGCAACCCUUGAGGAGCCUACUUUGGCCUCUUCUUUAGGAGAAACAGAAGCUGAACUAACAUUAACUGUAGCUGAGGUUCAGUGCCCAAGUGUGGAUCUCGAAAGUGAUAUGCCUAUAGGAAAAGAUGGUGAGAAGGGCAAAACUAAAAAGCCUCAGUUCAGCAUGCCAAAGAUAUCACUUCCUAAAAUGAAGGGUCACAAAGCACAGGUCUCUCUGCCAAAAUUGGAAAGUGAUAUUAGUGGUCCUAAACCAGAAAAUGAAGGAGAUGUUUCAGUGCAGAGAUCAGAGAAAGGAAGCAGUGGAGAUGGAGAAGGAAUAGCCAUAAAAAUGCCAAAGGUUAAGAUCUCUACUUCAGAAUUUUCAAAACCAGAAAUCAAAGCUCCCAAAAUGGAUAUGGAUGUUAGCUUACCUACGGUUGAUGUCACACUUCCUACAUAUGAUGUGACUAUUCAACAAGCUGACUUGAAAUUGAGGUCUGCUGGUGCUGAUGUCAGCCUGUCAGCCCCAGCUAUUAAGAUUCCAACAUCAGAAGGGUCCAUAGAGUUGCAAAGUCCAGAAACAGGAGUUGAAGGAAUAUCAGCUGGAAUUGCUGUGGAUGGAGCAGAGAUGAAAGUUAAAGGUCUUGAAGGGAAGAUUAAAAUGCCCAAAUUCCAAAAGCCAAAGUUUGGAAUUUCACGUCCUAAAGGGAAAGUGCCAGAGAGCGAGAUCAGCUUACCCAAAAUGGAAGCUGAUGUUCCCCAGCUAAAAGCGAUGACAGAUAUUGUUGACAUUGCUGUGGAAGCACCAACAGUAGAAGUUGAAUCUGUCAUCCCUAAUGCAGAAAGAGAAUCUUCAGGCUGGAAAAUCAAAAUGCCCAAAAUACCUGAAGCUGAUAUUAAGACACCCAAAGUUGACAUUAACCUCCAAUCCAACGUUUCUGUUCCAGUGACAGAGAUUGGCAUUCAAGAUUCAAAUAUGGCAUCUAAAGCAACAAUGUUUGAGGGAGAAAUAAAACCUGGAGAUACAGAUAUGGAAGGGAAAGAAGGACAUUUCAAGUUGCCAAAAUUCAAAUUGCCAUCAUUUAGUUGGUCACCAAAAAAAGAAGAAAGCAUUAAAGCUGAUUUUGAAGCACCUCUGGAAGAGCCUAAAAUUACUGUAUCAUCAGGCAAAACAGACACAAAACUAGCAGAAACUGUAAAUGAGGAACAGGGUCCAAGCAUGGCUCUUGAUAUUGAAAUAUCUACAGGAAAAGAAGAACAAAAAAGCCAAAUUAAAAAGCCUCAAUUUAUCAUGCCUAGAAUUUCAUUCUCCAAAAUUAAGGUUCCUAAAUCUCAGGUGAAUCUGCCAAAAGUGGAAGCUGAUGUUACUGUUCCUAAACCAGAAAGAGAUGGAGAAGACUUAGUGCAGAUACCUGAUAUAGAAAGCAGUCAUACCAAAAGCAUAGAAGAGGGAGCACAAAUAAGCAUAAAAAUGCCAAAAGUUCAGAUUCCUACUCUGGAAUUUUCCAAACCAGAAAUCAAAGUUCCCAAAUCAGACAUGGACAUUAGCCUACCUAAGGCUGAUGCCACCUUUCCUACAUAUGAUGUGAGUCUUCAACAAGCUGACCUCAAAUUAGGGUCUGCUGGUGAUGAUGUCAGCUUGUCCCCGGGUAUUAAAUUUCCCACAGCAGAAGCUUCCAUUGAGCUGAAGGGUCCAGAAACAGGAAUUGAAGGACCAUUGACGGUGGAUGGAGCGGAAGUGAAAGUUGAAGGUCUUGAAGGGAAGAUGAAAAUGCCUAAAUUCCAAAAGCCAAAGUUUGAAAUUUCACUUCCAAAAGGAAAAAGACCAGAAAGUGAGAUCAGCUUACCCAAAAUGGAAGCUGGAGUUCCCCAGCUUUCAAUGACAACAGAUAUUGCUGACAUUGCUGUGGAAGCUCCAAUACUAGAAAUUAAAUCUGAUGUCUCUGAUGCAGAAAUAGAGGUUUCAGCUGGGAAAAUGAAAAUGCCUCAAGUUUCUAUCACUGACAUUAAAGCUCCAGAGAUGGAUGUUAGUCUCCCAUCAGUUUCUGUUUCAACCACAGAGGUGGCCAUUCAAAGCCCUGAGGUGGAGGAUAUGAAAAUGCAAGGAAAACAUGAAACGAAGUCUGGAGAAAUUCAGACUGAAGAACAUCAGGGCUGGUUUAAAAUGCCAAAAUUCAGAAUGCCAACAUUUGCUCGGUCAUCUUCUAAGGAAAAAAGAGGUGACAUUGAUAGUGAAGGGAGCCUGGAAAAGCCUCAAGUAAGUGCUCCUUCUGCUGAAAUGCAAACUGAAAUAGAAGCUCCUGAAUAUGCAACAUCAUUGCCACAUGUGGACACUGAAUCUGCUGCUGGAAAGGAUGUUUUGGAAGGUAAAAUCAAAUCUGCUAAAGCAGAGAUUCCAAAAGUGGGAGUUUCUCUCCACAAAGAUAAAAGUUCUGAUGUUACCUCAUCAAAGUUUGAAGCAGAAGUUUCACUACCUCCAGAAAAAGCAGUUAUUAAAGUAAGCAUUCCUGAAACCAAAACUUAUGCUGAUGUAGUUAAAUGCGGUGCUGAAGGACAACAAUUGAAAACACAUACUCCAAAAGUCAUGAUACCUAAGGCAGAACUCUCUACAUCAGAAAUUAGUGCUUCAAAAACUGGGGUGGACAUCAGCUUACCAAAAGCUGACAUUACACUCCCUAAAUUUGAUCUGACUCUUCAAGAACAAAAAGCCAAAUCAGAGUGUGCAGAGAUUCCAACAGCAGAACAUUCCAUUGAGCUGAAAAGUCCAGAAAUAGGAGCCAAAGCACCAUCUGUUGAAAUUGCUUUGGAUGGAACACAGAAGAAGUUAGAUGCCCUCCCAAAAGUAGAGCUGGACAUUCUACAUGCAGGUGCAGGAGUUAAAACUGAAAAGCUAGGGAGUGUAAUAAAAUCUACAGGAAAGGAUGUUCAAGGAAGAGAAAGUAAAUUAAAAAUGCCAAAAUUCAGUGUACCCUCAUUUGGAUGGCCUGCCACAAAGGGAACAGGAGAUGUUGCUGAUGUUAAAACCAACCUUGAAGAGACCAAGAUAGGUGCUCCGGGAAUUAAAAUGGAUACUGAAAUAAGUGUUGUAGACCAUGAAAUAGAGUUUCCAGCUGAAAGUGUUGAAAAGGAUAUUUCUGCAGGAGUCAGAGUGAAAGUGGAAGUUGGAGAUGAAGCAAGCAAAAUGAAAACAUCUAAAUUUAAGAUGCCAAAGUUUGGAGUGUUACAUUCAAAAGCAAAGGGUUCUGAAGUUGAUGUCUUUCUCCCAAAGUUAGAGGCUGAUGUUUCACUGCCUAAAACUGAACUAGGCAUAGUAGAAAUCCAGUUUAAAAAAGCAGAUGGCUCCAUUGACCUGCAAAGUCCAAGUUCAGACCUUAUGGAAUCAUCAACCAGUAUUUCAAAGGACAAGCCAGACAAACAAAGUGAAAGUGUAGAGGUAAAUAUUAAAAUUCCCAAGUUAAAAAUACCAGCGUUCACUUACAAUGCACCCACAGUUGAAACUGACGUUUCAACAUCAAAAGUGGCAACAGACUUGAAAGGUGCUGGUACUGACAUUGAAACACCAAAACUGGAAGUAAGCACUAAAGAAAGACCAGAGUUUGCGGGUGGUAAUAUCCAAACGCCAUCAGUCAAAAUUCCAACAUUGGCUGAACGUGACAUUAAAACCCCACAGGUAUACGUUAAGGUCCCAGACUCUUCAGUUUCAAAAGCAGCACUACAGAUUCAGGGACCAGUUGCAGAGAGUAAAGAAAUAAAAACACAAGGUGAAGUUGAAUCUGGACAUGUUGAUAUCGAAACGCAUGAGACUUAUUCCUCUCAGAUAGUGAAAGAAUCUGAGAUUCCUUCAUCAGAAAUUAAAACUGCUAGUUUUGGAUUUUCACUUCUCAAAGUGAAGAUACCUGAGUCACAUGUUAAACUAGACAUGCCAGUCAAACUGCAGUCUUAUACAGAAUAUAAACAUGAGGUGUCUGAGAGUGAAGUUCACCAACCUAAACUUUCUGAUGAAAAUUUAGGGGUAGCAAUACAAAAGACUGGCACUGCUGAGUUUAAAUUAUCUGGCAAACCACAAAGUGAAACUGAUGAAUCUAAUGAUGUCGUAUCUUCCAGUGUUAGUUUGCCAAAAUUGAAAACAUUUACAGUUGAAGUACAGCCUUCCAGUAAACUUGGAGACACUCAAUCUGAUAAGCAACCAGAGGAAAUAGCUGUAUCUCCUCUUUCUAAAGAUGAUGAAAUAGCUAAAAUACCAGAAGAUGAAGAAAAAGAUAUGAAGGAUCAAAAAGAAAAAACUGACAGUAAAAGAUCUUCUGGCAGAUUCAAAUUUUGGCUUCCAAGUAUUGGGUUUUCUUCCUCUGUUGAUGACACAGGCUCAGAUUCCAAACCUGAAGUCCAAAAAUCAAUUCCAGAAGAAACCCAACCUGUUGACUCUUCUGUGUCAGAUACUGACUCUUCUAAACAAACUGAAAAAACUGGAUGGUUUAGAUUUCCCAAAUUAGGCUUCUCAUCCUCAUCAAAAAAGGCUAAGAACGUUGACAAAGAAGAAGAAACAAAUCUAAAAGAAAUGAAAACUUCAGAUGAUGAAAGUCCAUCAGAGAGACCUGAAACAUUUUUUGAUGCAGAAGAAAGCUUAUCACCUAAAGAAGAAACAAUUAAGGGUGAAGAAAAUGAAACUACAGGGACCUCAUCUAAUGUCCAAGUUUCUGGUGCUAUAGUUACAUCAUCAGCAAGAACUGAAUUAAUUUUGUUGGAGAGGGAAAGAGCUAGUCAGCAAAGUAUUCUUGAAAAGACCACCAAAUGA